GGACGCGGCCCUGCGUGGGGAGAAUUCAAUCAGGAAGAGCAGGACGCCAUCUGGAAGCCCCAGGACGGAGCGGCGGCCGGCCGCCCGCCCGUCGCGGCGGGACGCGGGAGCGGCCGCUUUGCGGAACGCAGGUUCCCCGGCGCCGCUUUCCCUCCGGAGCCGGGGCCGAGAGUCUUCCCGGCGCGCAGGCGCAGAGGCUCCAGGGACGCAUGGCCGCGCUCGAGAUUCUGGCUGCGGCUGCGGCUGCCGCCGCGAUCGCGGCAUGGGCCUUCCUCUGGGUGUGGGACUCCUCAGAGAGAAUCCGGAAUCGGGAGCAGGCCGGCCUGCGCGACGACGAGAGCCGGGCCCUCCUGGUCAUCGCACACCCCGACGACGAAGCCAUGUUCUUCGCGCCCACGGUGUUAGGCUUGGGUCGCGGGGGACACCGGCUGUCCCUGCUCUGCUUUUCCGCAGGAAAUUACUACAAUCAAGGGAAGAUUCGUAAGAAAGAACUUUUGCAGAGCUGUGAGGUGUUGGGGAUUCCGCCCUCCAGGGUGAUGAUCAUUGACAACAGGGACUUCCCAGAUGACCCAGAUGUCCAGUGGAAUACAGAGAGUGUGGCCAGUGUCCUCCUCCAGUAUAUCCAAGUGAAUGGCAUCAGCCUGGUGGUGACUUUUGAUGCAAGGGGAGUGAGCGGCCACAACAAUCACAUUGCUCUGUAUACAGCUGUGAGGUCCUUGCAUUCUGAAGGGAAGUUACCUAAAGGGUGCUCUGUGCUCACACUGCAGUCAGUGAAUGUGCUGCGCAAGUACAUCUCCUUUCUGGACCUGCCUUUUUCCCUGAGCCAUACCCAGGAUGUCCUCUUUGUGCUCACCAGUGAAGAAGUGGCACGUGCCAAGAGAGCCAUGUCCUGCCACCACAGUCAGCUCCUCUGGUUCCGCCGCCUCUAUGUUCUCUUCUCCCGGUACAUGAGAAUCAACUCUCUGCACUUCCUCUGAAUCCUGAAGACUUUUCUAGUCCAGUAAUCAAGGAGAAAAGGACCAGGAAGUCCAGAGUCUGGUCUGGAGCCAGCUCAUCUCCUGAGCUAAAGAAGAGCCCCCAGUGGGGCAACCUCAAAGCUCUGCUCAUGGCGGGUGGCCCUUGGGUUGCCCGGGCUCCAGCUUCUUCACAGUAACCACCAAAGAAACUGAGCUGAGAGAACAGUAGCUACCAGCAAGUUCUUGUGAGAAAGUGAUCGCGUAAUCACACAAUGAUGUCAGACACCAAGCACAGAGCCUGCUCUUACUAGAAAUGAGUGUAAGAGUGCUCAGAAACCACUUCAGUUGCAAUAAUAAAGUAUUUUUACACUAUUGCCAGAGUGGGAUGUUUCAUUAGUUCAACCAUGAUCACCUUCAUUUAUCUUUGUAGUCUCUCACACUUGCAUUUGGAGGACACCUGGCUGAGGAGCUUAAGUGCUGGUCAUGUGCUAAACACUGCUUUUUGGGGGGAAGUUGUCAUGGGGCAGAGGGUUUCAGGGUUCUGAAUCAGGACCUCACAUAUGUGAGAGAUCUGCUCUACCACUGAAGUG